AUGCCUCCUGAGUGCUUGAAGACAGACGGGAGGUUCUUGGAGGACAAACACAGCUCUCUGCAGAUCUGGGAAAGGUCUGGCCCUGGAAUGGAAGCCUGGGGCAGGAGACACUGUGCUGUAUUUCCUUCAGCACACUCUACCCCUAAGAACACAGUGACCUACAAUGAUGUGCAUGUGAACUUCACCCAAGAAGAGUGGGCUUUGCUGGAUCCUUCCCAGAAGAGUCUCUACAAAGAUGUGAUGCUGGAGACCUACAGGAACCUCAUAGCUAUAGGCUGCAAUUGGGAAAACCAUAAUAUUGAAGAAUAUUGUCAAAAUUCUACCAGACAUGGAAGGCAUGAAAGAAGUCAUACUGGAGAGAGAAGCUCUGAAUAUACUCAAAGUGGUAAAGCCUUUGCAUAUAACAGUCACCCUCGAAGGCAUGAAAGAAUUCAUACUGGAGAGAAAACUCAUGAGUAUAAUCAAUGUGAUAGAGCCUUUUCACAAAACAAUAAUCCUCAAUUAUAUAAAAGAACACAUACUGGAGAGAAACCCUAUGAAUGUAAUAACUGCGAGAAAGCCUUUGCAUCUAACAGUAGACUCCGAGAACAUAACAGAACACAUACUGGACAAAAACCCUAUGAAUGUAAUCAAUGUGGUAAAGCCUUUGCAUGUUACAGUAAUCUCCGAGUACAUAAAAGAAUACAUACUGGGGAGAAACCCUAUGAAUGUGAUCAAUGUGGUAAAGCCUUUGCACAACCAAAUCAUCUCCAAAACCAUAAAAGAACACAUACUGGAGAGAAACCCUAUGAAUGUAAUCAAUGUGGUAAAGCCUUUGCAUGUGACAGUAGCCUCCGAGUACAUAAAAGAACACAUACUGGGGAGAAACCCUAUGAGUGUAAUCAAUGUCAUAGAGCCUUUUCACAACACAAUGAUCUCCAGAACCAUAAAAGAACACAUACUGGAGAGAAACCCUAUGAAUGUAAUCAAUGCGGUAAAACCUUUGCAUGUAACAGUAGUCUCCAAGUGCAUAAAAGAACACACACUGGAGAGAAACCCUAUGAAUGUAAUCAGUGCGGUAAAUCCUUUGCGUAUAACAGCAGUCUUCGUGUGCAUAAAAGAACUCAUACUCAAGAGAAACCCUAUGAAUGUAAUCAAUGUGGUAAAGCCUUUGCACAACCAGAUAACCUCCAGAAACAUAAGAGAACACAUACCGGAGAAAAACUUUAUGAAUGUACUCAAUUUGGAAAAGGAAGAAGGAGAGCAGGUACUGCCUCCAACAGGAACCUUGGUGCCCCUGAGUUGAUAACUACCCCUUUGUGGCACAUCCUUGUGGACACAGGUGAAGGGGAUGCAGGCUAUCCUGCUGAGACCUGA